UCUUGAGCUAAAGCACCGAUUGGACUACGAGAAAGAGAAAAGAAUAAUCAAAAAGGAUUAAUGAUGUGUUGUGUUGACAUGUCCACCAGGUGAACAUGUGGGACAGUGAUACUUAUGGGUUAGAUCUGCAGUUCAACAUCCGUGAGACGGUGUGCACCAAAGCUUCGGGGAGAGAUCCCUUCACCUGUGACUUCAAAACUGGACCUUUCGUGCCCACUGCUUCCUGCAGGAGUGUUGUGGAAGUCUCCGGGGAGCUGAUUGCCAACAUCACCGUGCGGUGCCACCGAAGCACAUUCAGCUCUGAAUCAAUGAGCAGUGAGGAGAUGAUGCAUGUGCCCAUGAUGGCCCCCGACAGGCGAGGCAGCGCUCGUAGUGAACCCUUCCCUUCAAGGGGAAGAGGCAGCAGCCGUGGAGACUGGAACAAACCCAGCUACUUUGGCCCUAACAAGAUGGAGUAA